AUGGCUGGACACCAGAAGGAGAAGGCGAUCGCAGAUGAGGUCCACCAGAACCAGAUCCUGCGGGAAUUGUACCUCAAAGAGUUACGAACCCAGAAACUCCACACGCAGUAUCAUGUGAAUCCACUCCGCAAGGUUCACACAAUCGCCAGAAAGCCCAUGUCUUGGCAUGAUAACCUGGAGGAACCUGCAGAUGCCAGGUUUCUAAAUCUUAUCCACCAUGCUGCCCAGGGACCAAGGAAGAAAUACCUCGAGACACAGACUGAAAGUCAAGAGAUUGGAUGGGACUCAGAGCCCUUGGUCAACCCGCAACGCGAUGACCACAGGCUGAACCACUUCAGGGUCUACAAUGACAUCACCCUGUACAAGGCUAAAAUGUGGAGCUUGGGAGAAGAUGAUCACCACAAGUAG